CGGCGACGCACACACGCGCGCGCCGCCCCUGUCGGCCCAGUGUCGGCUCUGACGUCGCGGGGAGCGCUCGUCGCUUCAUGCCAUCCGAACGACCGAACGCGCCGAAUGUUUUCGUAUCUGGAUUAAUAAACGUCGAUGCUUUGUGUUAUAAUUCCGAAUGAAAACCGACUAGAAAUGUUUUGAGUUAGUUAUCAGUGUGUGUGUAAAUAAGCUAUCAUAGUGUGUGUGUAGUGGUAAUGGUGUGAUUAGUGCGCGCUGACACGAGAUGGCGUUGAAAGCGGUUUUGAUCAUUCUCGUUCUGGCCGUCGUCGGGGGCGGACGCGCUGCUGCUGAAAGAGAUCACGCAUCAGCGAUAGUAGGCACCACAGCGCGCCUGCGAUGCCGCAUCGACGGACGUUCCUGCGGCGCCAUGCAUAGCAUCAAGUGGUACAAGUCCGAGUCGCGGCUUUACGUGUAUUCUAUAUCGGGGAACACGGCUAUUGAUAGGCCGGAGGGACCUAUGAAAGACAGUUCUGAGCCUAAUACAGGAUCGAGAGUAACAAUAUCGUACUCGAAGAACAUGACAUACGCCGAGCUGGUCAUCAAUGACGUGAAGCCUGAGGACGAGGGGGUGUACCGCUGCGAGAUCACCUACCUUCAAGUUGGGGAGGACUGCAAUACUGUGCAGAUUACCGACUUUCAUACUUAUAUAAAACCGAAAUCAGUGGAAGUGGUAACCGGUGAUGGGAAGGCGCUAUCUGAUGGUGCUGUCUUCGGGCCCCUGCUGGAGCGAGCCAAGGUCAACAUCAGCUGUACUGUGCACGAGGGGAAACCUCAGCCCAAGGUCGUUUGGUACUUCAGGAAGAACAGGGGAGAUGAUUUGAAGGAGUUGAAUGGUGAAACCGUGACUCCAGAUAACUCCACCAUCACUCGUAUGCUGCUCCUCACGGUGACUCGCGAGGAGUUGGGGGGAGAGCUCACCUGCGUGGUCAGCUCAGCAGCCCUGGAUGCUGACAUUGUCAAGAAGAUUAAGCUGGAUGUUAGAGUGCCCCCCAACAAGACGGUGAUCACGGGUGUGAAAGACCACGCGACUCAAGGCACGAUCCUGACCCUCACCUGUACCGCAUCAGGUGCCAGACCUGCUGCCAAGAUCGACUGGUUCAAUGGCACCCAGAAGCUGGAUCUGCAGGAGAGGAAUAUUUAUCAAAAGGAUGUCGAAACGGAGGACACCACAUUCGAAACUAAAUCCAACUUCACGUUUGAGGCGACGAGGUUCGAGAACGGACAGAAAUUCCACUGUGAAGCUUCAAAUGAAGUGACUGUGGAGACCAAAGACCAACCUAUGCACGCUAAGAUGGAACUCGAGAUUUGGUAUCCUCCUAUCGUGCGAGUAGAACCGAAGAAUAUAACAGUGGUGGAAGGGGCGAAACUACUCCUCAAAUGUGAAUACGAGAGCAAUCCUUCUUCUCUGAAUAGUGUCAUUUGGUACCGCAACGGAGAAAGAGUACCAGUCCACAACACGAGCCACUAUGAAGGUGGUACCACUGACCAGCACUCGCUGAUCAUCUUGAAUGCUAAUGGAGAUGAUAUGGGCAAUUACACCUGUCUGCUUGGAAAUGCUGUGGGGAAUGGCACCAGUGAAGACAGUAUUGAUGUUAAUGUUCUUUUCAAACCCCAAGUCCGGCUGACGAUGAGCUCUCCAAGUCCUAUCCUGGAGACAGACCACAAAAACGUGACCCUGACCUGUGAAGUAGUGUCAGGCAACCCCCCCAUACUGGACGAGGUCAUCUGGUUCCUGGAUGGAGAGGUCCUGAAGCAUCUGCCGGAAUGCAACGAUACUGAAGGCGAAGAAAACCUAUGUAACGAGGUGGACCCAUCGAUGCUACUACUACAAGACACGACAAAGAGUUUCCACGGCAACUACUCGUGCAAGGGCAAGAACUACGCUGGAUGGGGCAAUGUUAGCGCCAAGACUGAGCUUGUUGUCAACUAUCCACCCGGUCCAGCAAAGCUGACGUACUCCCCGUGGCGAGUGGUGAAAGGCAAGAGUUUGGUGCUCAGCUGCAGUAUCAAGGAGCGAGGACGACCUGAGGCACAUCGUUUCCGUUGGACGCGCGGCGGUCGUCCCGUCAGCGACAUCGUCUCCCAAAACUGGACGAUCGACCCGGUGACGCUGGACCAUCGCACCAACUUCUCGUGCUGGGGGAUCAACGCGGGAGGGGGAGGGGAACCGGCCUAUACUUCCAUUGAUGUGCUGGCUCCACCAAGCUUCAAAUAUGCGAUGAAUCAUUACAGUGGUGCUUUAUACAAGUCACAGAACAUCUCCCUAUCCUGCACAGUGGAGUGUGCCCCGCUGUGCAGCGUGCAGUGGCUGAAGGACGGACAGGUCAUCGACCCCGACAAGACUGAUCGCUACUACGUCAUAGAGAGGAAGAUCGAGCCGCAAGUUAAUAGGAACGACUUUGAAGCUACUGAGUCUACGCUGCACUGGAACAUGUCGGCGUGGCCGUCUGCGGCGCUGGACCGCGCGGCCGACACGGCGAGCUACACGUGCCGCUCCUCGCGCAACCUCGCCGGGCCCGCCGUCAACAGCACCACCAAGUUCGCUGUCGAGUAUGAACCUGAAAACAUCACGGUGACGCCCAAAGUAGUACAAGUGACUGAAAACGAAAUACCCGCCAAAGUUGUGUGUUCCGCUAGAGGUUUCCCAAUGCCCUCCUACUCUUGGCGUCGCGAGCACCCCAGCAAAGCACUCGGCAAGGAGCACGGCAACCAGUCACUCACGCUCUCGUCAUCCAACACAUUACUGCUAGGCCCGGCUCAACGUCGUGAUGCUGGAAACUACGUCUGUGAAGCGUAUAAUAGACAUGGAUCUGUUAAUACUACUGUGUUCUUGGAUGUUUUGUUUAUUCCUGAAUGCGGUAUCAAACAGAGUGAAAUGGAUGGAUACCAAGUACUUGUUUGCACAGCACAUGCUAAUCCUGCAGCGGUUUCUUUCUCCUGGAAGUUAAAGAACGACAACGACAGCUUGACCGAUGAGAAGAUCUGGCAGCAAGGCAUACACAGCUACCUUCGUCUGAGCUCCAGCGUCGAGGUCUACAGAACUUAUCUCUGCUACGCGAACAAUAGUGUCGGCAUGUCCAGGGCUUGUGAGAGGGAUGUUAUGGCCAACUUGGAAAGUUUUGGUACAAAAGUCUGGUGGCGUGACCAACAGAAGCUCAUCCUCAUUGGGGGGAUAGCCCUAGCUAUCCUUGUCAUCACCGUUAUACUCUGCAUCAUCAUCAUUUGCAUCUGCCGACGAAUGAGGGCCAAAUCUAAGUACAAUAAUCCCGUCGAAUUAGAGGAGCGCGAGAAUCCUGACGGUAGCUGUAUUAACGAGGUGUCGAUAGCUCAGUCUAUAAUAUCACAAGCAUUGCCUGCUUUAUCGCCUCGGCUAAACCUAUCGUUUAGCCCAAAGACAUCAGACAGAACAAGACUAGUCGACUCCCAAAGUUACCCGCACAACUUAGAAAUGAACAAAAUAGAAGAUAAACCAACUGAACAAAACACUACUCAAACUGAAACGAAUCAAGAGACAGAACUACAGACACCCAAAACUGAACCGAAAGCUGAUAGCAAUAAAGGUCAAACUGUAGUGACGCCAAGCAAAUGGCCUUUGAAACCAGGCGUAUUAGUACAUGUUAAUUCGAACCAUACGCUUAGUCCUAAAAAUCAAGCGAGAUUGCAAACUAAUAAUACAGAAGAAUCAAAUUUGGGACUGCUAGAAAGAAAUAAGCCUGAAGAUAAAUCUCCACCUAAAGUUGAAUAUUCUAAAAAAGAUGGAAAGCCAAGACAAAAUGUUGUGACGGGUAUAUUUAAAAACCUUCGAAGGAAAAGUGAUGAUUCUGAUGACGAUAGUGGAAAAUACAAGAAGAUUAACAAAAGUAAUAAACGGGCGAUGUCUUUAGUCAAUAUGAAUAAACCGGGAUAUGUCGUACAUAAGAAUAGAUUACGAUCUCUGUUUCAAAGUGAAAAACCUAAUAUUAUCGUGACUGAAGGAGUUGUGUCGUUCAAAAGGCCUGAUAGGAUAGUCACAACUAGUGCCAAAGUUAAGCCUUUUAGUGAUGAAGAGCCGAGGAAUACGAGAAAGAGGAAGAAACCAGGUGACAGCCCACCUACGAAUGGCGUAGAUAAUGCGGCAAAUGGCAACCUUGGAGCGGACAACCCGGGUCUCUAUGAGAACCUGCCGUUCCACGGACUACAACAACCCCCCAAUAAGCCGUUCAGACCCGAAGACCAAUUCAUUUACGCAGACGCUGAUAUGAAAGACUACGGGCCUAUUAACUACAAAGCAGCCUCGAUCUACGCUCAAAUGAAAAAAGUCAAAGAACAACAAAAAUUACAGGAAAUUUACGAUAAACAAAACGAAGACAUGUUGUGAUUACUAAUUGGUUGUCAAAAGGAAAAAGUUUUUUUCCAAUUGUUUUCAGUGUAAUUGAAAAAAAUGUCAAAAUUAUCUUGGUGCUUUGUGAAAUUCUGUUUUUAAGUACUUGAAAGUAACUGGUAACUAACUUUUUUGUAUUUAUUUUAGCAUCAAUAAUGUCAUCGCAUUUUGUUGUUUUUGUAUUAAGUAAUUUAAUUUAAAUUGUUGAAUUGCCAUUAAUUAAUGUAUAUCUCUGCAUUUUUCCUUUCAAUUAAUGUAUUUUAUUUUUCUACUUUUUAUUGUAUUUUAGAAUCUUUGGACAACCAAGUGAUCAACGUCAAAUGAUUAGUAAAAAAAUUAUUAAAAUUACAUUGCUGGAAUAAUCCUGUAGGUAUUUGUACAUUUUAGAAGGUUGUCGUAUAAAGUGUAAAUAAAAAUAGAUUUCUUAUAUAAAUGUAACUUACCAAAAGAUCUAGUUGUCAGUUUAGUAUGAAUUUUAUGCUAAAUUAAUUUUAUUUUGGACCGGAGCCGAAUAUUUAUUUGCGGCAAUUCCUGGAGGAAACUUGAACGAAUCAGUCUAAAAAUUAAUGAUUAUUUAUAAAUGGUUUUCCUGAUAAAAUUGUACCCACUGAUUAAACUAUACAUUGUACCUAAUGUGGUAAAAAUUAACUACUUUUUAAAUCCAUGUUCCAUGUUUUUUAAUCCAAUGUUUUUUGUUUAUUAUUUUUAAAGAUACCUGAUAAAAUGCACGUCCGCCAUUUAUUACGAAUAUCUAUGUUAUCAAGAUAAAUAAAGUAUCUGUCUACGCUUGAUCACGUGUAAGACGCAAAAAGAUAUAAUUGUCUUUAUCAAAAGAUUUCGCCUAAAGAUAAAGUAUGGAGAUGAACUUCGAACUCAAUGUAAGGUAUGUUUCUAAAUUGAGUUUUUUAGUGAAUGAUUCUUUACGCUAUUUUCUGAGAUUCGCAGAUUGUAAGUACCAAUUGUAGAUCUAUUUGAGUCAAUCUAGUUCAGAUGUGGAUAAUAUCUUACAAACGAAAUCUUUUGUGAAGAGAAAAUACGGUGUUUUCUUCUUUACCUAUUGAUAUGGAUGAUUUAGCAGUGUUAUUCAGUUGAAUCAAGAAUGUAAUAAUUUUAUAAAGAUUCACUCUUAUGAAGUCUGUUUUUAAUACCAAAUCUAUUCAGUUUAGUACAAUUUUUAAUUUAUAUUUACGAGAGCAAACAGUAUUGAAAUAGCCAAUAAUAGUUGGAUGUAUUUUGUAGCUCAAAAUUGACUAGCAAUUUCGAGUUUAUGAAGAGGUGUCGUUUAUUUAUUUUUUGAGCUACAAAAUAGAUUUUGAAAAUGCACAGCAAAGCUUCAAGUAGGUCGACAACACAUAGAGAUUUUAAUAUCCGUCCAAGCGGGAAUGUCUACAAAGAUUAGUUGAUUUUUAGCUAAAACCGUAUCUUUGUAAAAUUUAGUGUAAAUUACAUUUAUCGUGUAAAAAUAUUAGUCGCAAGACCUAAGACUAUCCAAAGAUAGAUGAAUUAGGGAGUGUAUUGUGCAAUCGUGCAAUUAUGCACAAUUGAGUAGAUGUGUUCACAGUUUAAUAUUAAACGAUGGCCCGUAGCACAAUCGGCAUUUAUUUUUUUACUUUAUUUUUUGUUUCUUGACACUUUUUGUACGAUUUAUUACAACGAAUCACAUUUUUGUAUUUUAAGUUACAAAUUAGUGACAUUUUGUAUCUUUAACACGACUUGUUUGUAACCUUGUUGAUGUAAAUGUGAUAAUAGUCUGAAAUGUUAACUCUGUAUUAGUUCCGUUUGUUUUUACAAGUGGCGCGUACAGCUUCGAUUUUAGGUUUUUAACCAUUCUACAAUCGUGAUUAAAUAAAAAAAACUUUGUGAGACUAAAACAAUUUUUCGUACUUAAAUAAGUUUAACUGUCGUACUAAUGUAAAUAUAAACAGGGAGAAAAAAUUACAAAAUGUCGGCGAACAGUUUUCCAGUUGGAAAAUAAAAUCCACUUCUUUUAUUUUAUUUUUGUAUUUUUCUAAUUGGAAAACAAUGCUUGUUUCCCGCCGAUAUUUUCGUAUUUUUUCUAAAUAAAAUAAAGCACUAGAGAUGCGCUCAAUGCGAGUGCUGUGACACGUGGGGGAUUAUUUCACUAUUUUGACUUUUAUAUGAAACUUCCUUUUUUUCAUAUUUUAACUAUCACUGUCAACUUUUUCUGAAGUAAGCAUACUUGAUAAAAUAAAUUUCUUACCUGCAUUCAUUAGUCCCAAUUCUCUAGUAAAAGUGACCUUUAUUUUCUUUUUAUAAAGAUGCACAAGAAUAGUGAAAUAGUUCCGACAUGUCGCUAAACUUAUAGAAACAAAAUAUUAAUAAAGGUAUUAGAUGAGGUUUUGUACAUACAAACUUGUUAUAAUAUGUCGAAUAGUGUUAUUAAAUUAAUUUAUGGAUUUUUAA